AAACCGGUAAAUCUUGGAAGCGAUAAUUUGGCCUGAAGAAGGAUGGUUAUGCCCUCUUUAAAAAGCGUAGCCUUAUAUAAACAGAUCUCUCUUUUUCUUUUAUUUACUUCUUACGCCAGUCAAGGUCUUUUCUCUCCUUUCCCUCAUGACCCCCAUCCUCUUAAGCACUCUUGUGCUGCUAGUGUUCUCGUUGUGCGUCAACUCGGCUCAGCUUAAAGGCGGGCCUGGUGCACAAUGGGACUAUGACCAAUACAAUGUCGGUGAUUGGAAUCGUACCUAUGGUAUCACCGAACCUCAACAAAUUCAUAUCUCUAUUUCUUCUCAAGCUGAAUAUGCAAAGGUUCAAUUCGCUACUCAAGGCGAAGUCCACACUGCAAUCCUAAAUUAUUGGCCAAAAUCUUCCCCUCACAAAUCUAUUGUCAUCGAAGGGGGUGAGAACUGGGCUUUCGUUGAUAAUGGCACUGCUCAUCAUACCAUUUACUUGCACAAUCUCCAAACUCUAAAACUGAAGCCUGCUACUGUCUUUCAAUACAAGGUUGGCACAAAGGACAGCCAUGGAAAAGUGACAUGGAGUAAGGGAGAAUUCGAAUUCCACACUGCUAGACGAGGAAACACCGUCAAUUUUGUUGCUACCGCCGAUCUUGGACUUGUCAACGCUGUAGCUAUGCCCGCAUUGCAGAGACUGGCAAAGAGUCACAAGUACGAUUUCCUGACACUUUCCGGCGAUCAGGCCUACGAUAUGGCUGACUUCAAUGGCACAAAGGGUGACGAGUACAUGCGAUUCGCUGAAAACUUGUUUGCCAAUAUCCCAUUCAUGGGUGCUGUCGGUAAUCACGAAAAUGCUUACAAUUUCUCUCAUUGGAAAAAUCGUUUCAACAACGUACCUUUCCAAAAGUCCGGUUUCAGUAACCCAAUGCAAUACUCUUAUGAUUACAAGUCUUUGCACAUUGUGGCGUGGUCCAGCGAGGGUGCCUUUGAAGGUUCCACCAAUGAAAUUCUGACCUCCCUCAAUUGGCUAGAAAACGACCUCAAGGAAGCCAACCGUAACCGCAAAGUGCGUCCUUGGAUCAUUGUUUUGGGCCAUCGCCCCAUGUAUUGCACAUCCUUCUCUUCUCCAACCGACGGCACCUGCAUUACUGAAACACAAACAAUCCGAGAGGGACUUGUAGAUCCUGCCACCAACACUCGCCAGCAUGGCGUUGAGGCUCUUUUGAAAAAGUACAAGGUCGACAUCUACCUUUGUGGUCACAGACACAACUUUGAAAGAACAUACCCUGUUUACAACGGACAGGUCACCUCCAAGAGUUAUCACAAUGCACCUAGUACCUUCCAAUACCUCGUCGGUAACAGUGGUAACUAUGAAUUGACCAUCCCGUUCAAUACCACCGGUCCAUUCCCUGCCUGGAGUGCUAGUCGCUACAGCGGUUACGGUUUCUCCACUGUCAAGGCCACUCAACAUUCUCUUGAACUCACUCAUUACGGAGUGGACAACAAUGGAACUCACGAGCGCGUAAUUGAUCACGUUGUAGUUACCAAGGAUUAGUUGAAGUAAAACGUUUAAUUGUAAUACAUAUGUCACAAACAGACGAUGUGAGCAUCGUGUAGUUUAUCAACGUUACAAUAGGGGAAAAAAAAAAGAAAAAGUAGAAGACAAAUUUACAAAUACAGUAGCGUGAUAAGAACUACGUGCGGAUCAUGCCGGAAUUUAGUAGUGUUUGGAUGUAUCAUAAAAUGAAGAAGUACACCAGCCC